AUGCUCUCCAUCAAGGCCCUCACCACCAUCCUCCUCGCCUCCGCCGCCGCCGUCUCCGCCGCGCCCACCACCACCACCGGCAGCACCAAAGCCACCCGCACCACCCACCUCACCGGCGUAACCCACUCCGUCGUCGCGGGCCUCGGCGGCCUGCGCUUUGACCCGGACAACGUCGUGGCGGAAAUCGGCGACGUGGUCGAGUGGCACUUCCUCCCGCGCAACCACACCGUCGCGCAGUCCAGCUUCGGCAACCCGUGCCAGCCGCUCGCCGACGGCAGCGGCUUCUUCCCGGGCUUCGAGUUCUUCACGCCCGAGGGCCAGGCCCCGGACGUGUUCCAGAUUGUCGUCGAGGACAAGAAGCCCACCUGGUACUACUGCGCGCAGCCCGCCAUGACGCACUGCAACGCGGGCAUGGUCGGCGUGGUCAAUCAGAACUUUGACAACCAGGACUUCUCGCUGGCGAAGCACAAGGAGCUCGCGGCCAAGGCGACGCUGGUGAUUCCGCCGGUCAAGCAUGUUGGCAAGGUUAUUCCGAACCCCAACCCCCUUGGAGGCUUCUGA